GGUUCGGAAUUGCAGCUACCCUUCCAGGCCUGUCUGAAGGUUGAGAAGUUUGGUGAUCUUAUCCUCAAGGCAACUGAGCCCCAGAUGGUCCUCUUCAACCUCUACGAUGAUUGGUUAAAGACAAUCAGUUCCUACACAGCCUUUUCACGUCUCAUUCUUAUCCUCCGUGCUCUGCAUGUAAACAAUGACAAGGCCAAGGUCAUCCUGAAGCCGGACAAGACCACCAUCACAGAACCGCAUCACAUCUGGCCAACUUUGACGCCUGAUGAGUGGAUAAAGGUGGAGUACCAACUAAAGGACUUGAUCCUAGCGGAUUAUGGAAAGAAAAAUAACGUGAACGUGGCGUCCCUGACCCAGUCUGAAAUUCGAGACAUCAUCCUGGGCAUGGAGAUCUCUGCGCCCUCUCAACAGCGUCAACAGAUUGCUGAAAUUGAAAAGCAGGCCAAGGAGCAGUCACAACUCACCGCCACCACGACAAAGACUGUAAAUAAACACGGCGAUGAAAUCAUCUCCACGACCACCUCCAACUACGAGACUGAGCACUUCAGCAGCAAAACAGAGUGGCGAGUGCGAGCUAUUUCGGCAACCAACCUCUACCUUCGAACCAACAACAUCUACGUCAGUUCUGACGACAUUAAGGAAAAUGGGUAUACCUACAUUCUGCCAAAGAACGUCCUCAAGAAGUUCAUCACCAUCUCCGAUCUUCGGGCUCAGAACAUGUACAAAUACAAUAUUUAG